AUGGCGACGAACAAGCCUAACAAGCUGGCGUUCUUGUCAAUGCCAGCCCCUGCGUCUUAUGUUGCUGGCCUGGGUCGAGGUGCAUCGGGAUUCACUACCCGUUCUGAUAUCGGACCUGCACGAGAGGGUCCGUCCGCUGAAGUUAUUGCGGAGGCCCAGGCUCGACGGGGGGAGGAACAAGAAGUCGACCCGGAACAAUUCCAAGACCCAGAUAAUGAAUAUGGCCUUUUUGCAGGCACGACGUACGAACAAGAUGAUGAGGAAGCGGACAAGAUAUACGAUCAGGUGGACGCUGCUAUGGAUGCACGCCGCAAAGCUCGCAGGGAAGCACGAGAACAAGAGGAACUUGCGAAAUACCGUGCAGAAAGACCAAAGAUUCAACAGCAAUUCUCCGACCUGAAGCGGGGUCUGUCGUCCGUCACAGAUGAAGAGUGGGAGAAUAUACCAGAGGUGGGCAAUCUCACCAGGCGCAAGCGUAGGCGAGAUGAAAGAAGCUUCGUAGUUCCCGACAGUGUAGUAGUGGGUGAUAGGGCAAAGGGAGAAUAUGAGAACUCGUUAGAUCCAAUGCAACAAGAAACUGGUGGUCUCGCCACUCCUGCGGACUCGGACUCUCUUACGAAUUUCGUCGAAAUCGGUCAAGCCCGAGACAAGAUUCUUUCCUUGAAACUCGACCAGGUUUCCGGAACGUCCACGGCCUCCGGUCUUUCUACUUCAAUUGACCCCCGGGGCUACCUCACCUCCCUCGACUCGGCAUCCGCCAUGCUCAAAACCUCUGCCGAAAUCGGAGAUAUCAAACGAGCGCGCAUGUUGUUUGAUUCUCUCGUUAAAUCCAACCCAAAACAUGCCCCCGGUUGGAUCGCCGCCGCCUGCUUGGAAGAACAUGCCGGACGAAUGGUGGCAGCACGGAAGACCAUCAUGCAAGGGUGUGAGAUGUGUCCAAAGAGUGAGGAUGUAUGGCUGGAGGCCGCCAGAUUGCAUAACAACAACGAUGCUAAGGUAGUCCUCGCAAACGCAGUUCAACACGUCAGUCAAAGCGUCAAAAUAUGGCUAGCCGCUGCCGACUUGGAGAGUGACGCGAAGUCUAAAAAGCGAGUGCUACGAAAAGCCCUCGAACACAUACCAAACUCGGUCCUUCUGUGGAAACAAACUGUGAAUUUGGAAACGUCUGCUGUUGAUGCGCGCAUCCUCCUGUCUCGCGCUGUCGAGGUAAUCCCUCUCUCCGUCGACCUCUGGCUCGCUCUCGCGCGAUUGGAGACACCUGAGAAGGCGAAGGCCGUCCUCAACAGAGCUCGUAAGAGCAUCCCUACUAGUCAUGAAAUCUGGAUAGCCGCUGCGCGCCUUCUCGAGCAAGAGGCCGAUCGAUUAGUGAAUGGAGAACCCUUGUCCCCCGAGCAGCGCGCCAAGGAACUAGAGACGGUCGACAAAACCAUCGAAGCAGGUGUCCGCGGUCUUCGGAAGCACCAAGUUUUGUUGACGAGGGAGCAAUGGCUGAAGGAGGCAGAGAAAUGCGAAAGCGAUGGGUCGCCCCGGACGUGUGAGGCGAUUGUCAAGGCCUGUAUUGGUAUGGGACUCGAGGAUUCGGAAGGCGAUAGAAGUGCAAUGGGCGAAGACGAGAAGUUGGACGUUUGGUUAGGAGACGCUGAAGCCGCUGAGAGUCGCGGGAAGAUGGGUACUGCAAGAGCGAUCAUCGCGUAUGCGUUGAGGUGUUAUCCUGGUCGCAAGACUCUUUGGAUGCGCGCCGCAGAACUUGAAAAGGCUCACGGAACUAGAGAGUCACUUGACGCGAUUUUGGAACGCGCCGUUCAUCACUGCCCACAAGUUGAAGUAUUAUGGCUCAUGGCGGCAAAGGAGAAAUGGCUGUCCAACGACGUCAAUGCGGCCCGUGAAGUGCUAGCUAGAGCGUUCGGCGCCAAUCCAGAAAGCGAACAAAUUUGGCUUGCUGCUGUCAAGCUGGAAGCAGAGAAUGGCGAACCUGGUGCUGCGAGGGAGCUCUUGACCAGAGCCAGGAGUGUGGCGGACACCGAGCGCAUUUGGAUGAAGUCCGCCGCAUUUGAACGCCAACAAGGGCAGCUAGAUCUCGCCCUUGAGACUCUGAAGACCGCUCUCGCAAAGUUCCCCAAGUUCGCCAAGUUCUACAUGAUUCAAGGGCAAAUCCAUGAAUCCCGCGGUAACAUCCCCCAAGCCAGAGCGUCGUACGCUGCUGGACUCAAAGCGUGUCCUAAGGUUAUUCCGUUAUGGAUUCUCGCUAGUCGCCUGGAGGAGAAGGACGGGAAGAGCAUCAAAGCUCGUUCCUUGUUGGAGAAAGCUCGACUCGUCAAUCCGGCUAAUGACGAACUGUGGGCGGAAGCUGUUCAUGUUGAAGAGCGAGCAGCUACAACGAGCUCUACCUCCCAGGCUCAAGCCCAGGCCAAGGCCAUGCUUGCGCGUGGUCUCCAGGAAUGCCCUACCUCCGGCGUGCUGUGGAGUAUGUCGAUUUGGUCUGAGGCUAGACCCACGCGAAAAAGCAGGAGUGUUGAUGCGCUGAAGAAGAGUGCGGAUGAUCCCAUCAUCGUUUGCACGGUUGCGAGACUGUUCUGGUCGGAGCGAAAGAUCGAGAAAGCAAGGACGUGGUUUGGGAGGUCAGUUGGAAUUAACGAAGACUGGGGUGAGUCGUGGGCAUGGUGGCUGAAGUUUGAACGAAUGCACGGCACCGAGGAGCAUCGCGAGGAAGUACGGAAGCGGUGUGUGGCGGCAGAGCCUCAUCACUCACCGAUGUGGCAGUCAAUAGCGAAGGAUCCUCAAAAUACUGGGAAAUCGAUACGAGACUUGUUGGAGAUGGUUGCAGACGCAUUAAAUUAA